CAGCGGCGCUAGGACCCCUGGGCAGAGCCUCGGGGAAGGGAGUCAGGGGGGAAGUACCUUACAUGGUGCCCCCGCAGUCACCAUCUGAGCCCGCUGCCCAAAAUAGCCCCCGGCGCCCGCUGGCCUGCCUCAUGGCUGGGAGAUGGCUGCUGCCUCCGACCCCGUGGAAUUGGGUGCGCCCUGGGGCCCCGCGCGCCCCGAGCCCCCUCCCACCCGCUUCCACCCGGUACACGGUGCCAACAUCCGCGUGGACCCCUCCGGGACGCGGGCCACACGCGUGGAGAGCUUCGCCCACGGCGUGUGCUUCAGUCGCGAGCCGCUGGCCCCCGGCCAGGUGUUCCUGGUGGAGAUCGAGGAGAAAGAGCUGGGCUGGUGCGGGCACCUGCGCCUCGGCCUGACUGCGCUGGACCCCGCCAGUCUGGCCGCCGUGCCCGAGUUUUCGCUGCCCGACCUGGUCAGCCUCGGCCACACCUGGGUCUUCGCCAUCACGCGCCAUCACAACCGCGUGCCCCGGGAGGGCCGCCCGGAGGCGGAGGCGCUGGCCCCCAGCUGCCCCCCAGCCCUCCUGGUGGAACCGCAUCUGUGCAUUGAGCAGUUUCGCAUUCCCCGCGACCGCCUGGUGGGCCGCAGCCGUCCCGGGCUGUACAGCCACCUCUUGGACCAGCUCUAUGAGCUGAACAUGCUGCCUCCGACUGCACGUCGGAGCCGCCUGGGCGUUCUCUUCUGCCCGCGCCCCGACGGCACGGCUGACAUGCAUAUCGUCAUCAACGGCGAGGACAUGGGCCCCAGCGCCCGGGGGCUGCCAGCCGCCCAGCCCCUCUACGCGGUGGUGGACGUCUUCGCCUCCACCAAGAGCGUGCGCCUGGUCCAGGUGGAGUAUGGCUUGCCGUCCCUGCAGACCCUGUGCCGCCUAGUGAUCCAGAGGAGUGUGGUGCACCGGCUGGCCAUUGACGGGCUCCACCUGCCCAAAGGACUUAAGGAUUUCUGCAAGUAUGAGUGAAGGCCUGCAGCCACCCUGGAGCAGGGCCACGUGAAUGCAUCCUGGCCCCAGAGGUGUGGCUGCCCUGAAGCUGGCCAUACUGAUACCAGCCAGGAUGGAAAUAAACACAGUCGUUGCUGAUGCUGA